CGUACAUAAUUUGACCAAAUGGCACUGUGUCCCUCUGUAGAUUGACCAAAAACCUUCAGAUAUGGGAGUCCAGUGGCCAAAUGUGUGUUUACAUCGCCACCAGAAGCGAGAUAACGAUGACUUGGCCAUGAAAAGUGGACUGCUGAACCUCGGAAGCAGCCGUGAAGAUCGUCGCAGUAAAAUGGCACAGGUUGCAGAUCUUCUGUAUCAGGACCAGUUCAGCUGUGCGAUCUGCCUGGAUCUGCUGAAGGAUCCGGUGACUAUUCCCUGUGCACACAAUUACUGUAUGGGCUGUAUUAAGGGCUACUGGGAUCAGGAUGAUUAUACUGGUGUUUAUCGCUGUCCCCAGUGCAGAGAAACUUUCAUCCCAAGGCCUGUUUUAAGAAAAAACACUAUGUUGGCUGAAGUGGUGGAUAAACUGAAGAAGACAGGACUCCAAGCUGCUCCUCCUGCUCACUGUUAUGCUGGACCUGGAGACGUGGUGUGUGAUGCCUGCACUGGAAGAAAGCGCAAAGCCGGCAAGUCCUGUCUGGUGUGCCUGGUGUCUUACUGCGAAACUCACCUCCAGCCUCACUUUGAAUCUCCUGCCUUUAAGAAGCACAAACUGGUCACAGCCACUGGAAACUUGCAGGAUAAGAUCUGCUCUCAUCAUGACAAACUGCUGGAGGUUUACUGUCGUACUGAUCAGCAGUGUAUCUGUUACCCCUGUGUGAUGGAUAAACACAGCGGGCAUAACACAGUUUCAGCUGCAGCAGAAAGAAUUGAGAAACAGAAGCAGCUGGGGGCAACACAGAGUAAAUUCCAGCAGAGAAUCCAGGAGAGAGAGAAGGAGCUGCAGGAUCUGAGACAGGCUGUGCAGUCACUCAAGCGCUCUGCACAGGCAGCAGUGGAGGACAGCAAGAGGAUCUUUACUGAGCUGAUCAGCUCCAUUGAGAGAAGGCGCUCUGAGGUAGAAGGGCUGAUCAGAGAUCAGGAGAAGGCUGAAGUGAGUCGGGCUGAAGGACUCCUGGAGCAACUGGAGAAGGAGAUUGCUGAGCUGAGGAGGAGAGACGCUGAGCUGGAGCAGCUUUCACACACAGAGGAUCACAUCCAUUUCCUCCGGAACUUUCAGUCUGUCUGUGUCCCUCCUGGACCUGGAGCCAUUCCCAGCAUCACUGUCAGCCCACACAGCUCUUUUGAAGCUGUGACGAAAUCGGUCUCUGAACUGAAUAAGCAGCUGGAGGACGUCUUCAAGGUGGAACUGGUCAAAAUAUCUAAUUCAGCAUUUGGCACCUCUAUUGCGGGGUUCUCGUUCGGAGCCCCCCCCCAGGUAUAGCCCGGCCUCCAGUUCGGCCAGCCGGCCAACACCACGCUCGGCUCGACUGCUGCUCCCGCGUCCUCUGCUGCAGCAUUUGGCACCUCUAUUGCGGGGUUCUCGUUCGGAGCCCCCCCCCAGGUAUAGCCCGGCCUCCAGUUCGGCCAGCCGGCCAACACCACGCUCGGCUCGACUGCUGCUCCCGCGUCCUCUGCUGCAGGGUCAACCGCUCCAUCAGCUUCUUCUCUCACUGCUCCGGUUGCAGGUGGGGGCUUGAGUCUCGGGGGCUUUGGCAGCAACAGGGGUUUGUCUGGUGCUCCCUUAGGGGGCUCCGGCCUCUUUUACUAAGACCUGCAUCCACAUCCUCGCACAGAACAGGCGCUGUGGGGGUUUCUCCUUCUCAGACUCGGAUGGGUGCUUUAAGGCUGAGAAAUGGACACUGCUGAAAGAAGUGUGUCCCUCAAGACUCAAGCAUUUCACUGGGCUUCACCCGGACAUUCCUCAACAAGGGAUGUAACGGAACUGUUUUUUUGUUUGUUUUUUUGCUGCUCCACAUCUGUGAACAGGUUGAUCUGCUAGCUCGCCGCCUGUAACCAAAAAGGUCACGGGUUCGAUUCCCGGGUAGGACACUGUCAUUGUACCCAUGAGCAAGGCACCUGCAUUGCUUCAGUACAUAUAUCCAGCUGUCUAAAUGUAUGCACUAUGCAUGCUAUGUAAGAGUUGUGUAAGUUGCUUUGGGUAAGGGAGUCUGAUAAAUUCCUGUAGUGUAAAUUAAUAUCUUGCAAUAAUAAUUACCAAAUUAACUAAAAUAAAUGCAUUCUGUAUGCUGAAUAAGUGAGAGGUUUUAACUGAUCAAAACCACUGGAUUCAGAACAAAAAAAAAGAAUUGACCUUCACUCUCUCAAAAAUGAUUUCGUGCUAAAGCCUUGUUCAUUGCAGGGUGAAUAAAAAAGGACUAAUUGCUAUCAGUAAAAUUAUGAAAAGUGAAAAGUGCGGUCUGUUGUCAUGUCAUGAAUUUAUUUUUCAAAAGCAUUUAAUUUUUGUAUGUGUUCUCAGACAUGUAAUUCACCAGUUAGUCGCACUCAGCCAUAGGAAGCUUGAAAGCGCUCAGCCAGCUAUCUCAGCACACUAUCAUAGUUCAGGUGUUUUCAUUUAUCAAACUUAGGGUUUUUAAUCUAUUCAUUUCUCAUUUUUAUUUCUCCUUUGUUUAAGAUAAUUUAUUUUCUCCUAUACAGUGAGUCAUAACAGCUUAUAUCAUAAACACAGAAAUCAUAUCAUGUAUUCUUUUUUUUUGGGAAAUAGGGUCAUGUGAUCAUCUUUGUGUUGGCACUUGAAUUAAUCUUUUAUUUUUAGUUUAUAUGCUGAAAACACCACAUUGUACGCCUGAAAAACAUUAUUCUAAUUGAAAAGAACUGUAUGGCGAUCGAUUGGGGUGCUGAUCACUUUAUUAUAUAGCCAUUUUUUGGAUUCAAUAAAAUGUGCUAAUGAUUUAA